AUGUCCCGUUCCAUGUUGUCGUGUUCAUGGCACUUACAACAGGCAUUACGUCGUUCUCUUCAAGUGUCAUUACCAGAAAUUGAGAAUUCGAGUAUACUAUCUAGUCAUUCAUUAGGUGUACGUCGUUCGAGACAAAUCAAGGCAGACUACCAGACGAGUCUUGCCUUACAUUUAGGGAACCAUUUGUCAACAACAAAGCAAAAGACAUUUGUACCACUCGUAACUGCUCCUACAGCCGAAAUGCUUGCUAAUACCAUUGUAAACACUAUGCUUACAAUCAACGAGCAAACAAACAAUCCCUUGCUUCAGAAUGCAUUUGUAUCCAAGAAUGGUUUUAUAAAUCUUGUUCUACACGAUAAAUGGAUAGCACGUCAGGCACUUUGUAUGGCUAAAAUUGGUAUUCGACCUUCUGAUUUACCAUAUCACCAACCAAAUAUAAAAAACAUUCUUGUGGAUUUUGCUGCUCCUAACAUGGGCAAAAAAUUACAUGUCGGUCAUUUACGUUCAUCUGUAUUGGGUGAUACACUUUGUAAUUUACUGGAAUUUCAUGGUCAUCGUGUGACUCGAAUAAGUCAUACUGGAGAUAUUGGAGCAGCUAUAGCAACACUUGUUGUAGAACUUAUGGAAGAACAAGUUUCUCUAAAGACACUUUCAGAUCUUGAGCUUGGAAUAUAUUAUGAAACAGGAAAAGCAAAAAUUGCACGAAAUGAGACAAAUUUUAAAUGCAAGGUGGACGACAUUGUGUUACAAUUACAACAACUUGGAACUGAUAAUGCGGGCAAAGUGGACCCACAAGUUCGUAAAACGUGGACACGUGCGUGUCAAGUGAGUCGAGAUGCCUAUGAAAGUAUUUUUCAUCGACUUGGAGUUAAUGUGAAGGAACGUGGAGAGUCAACGUAUAUGCCGUUAGUACCAGAAAUUGUUGCAAUGUUGGAGAAAAACGGCUUGGCUGUGCCUUCACAAGGUGCAUUAGUUAUCUUUCUGGACGGUCCUGAUAAACCUCCCAUGCUGAUACGCAAGAGCGAUGGCGGGUUCCUAUACGCGACAAUUGAUUUGGCCUGUCUGUACUCGCGCAUUUAUGGAUUCCCAGGCGUCGAUUCCACUCAGUACGAUGAGAUUGUGUACGUCACUGACCAGAGCCAGCAGCUUCACUUUCAGCACCUGUUUGCAGCAGCGCGAAAAGCGGGCUGGACAAGCCGACAAGGAAAAGAUGACGUGAAGUUGACUCAUGCACCAUUUGGUCUGGUGUUAGGACACGACGGUACGAAGCUGAGUUCGCGGAACGGAGCGUUCGACUACUUAGAAGACCUGUUGGAUAGUGCUGCCGCCGAGUGUUCUCGUCAAGCAUUGGCUUCUGCUACGACAGACGUCGUCAUUAAUGAGCUUAAUUUGACCCAAGAGCAGGUUGAUGCCCAAAAUCGUGUGAUCGGAGACGCUGCUGUACGCUAUUUUGAAUUGGCUCAGCAGCGCGAACGUAACUACAAGUUCAUUAUAAGUAACGUGCUUAAUCUGAAGGGUAAUACAGGCGUCUACCUCAUGUAUGCGUCUGCGAGACUACAGGGUAUUUUACGCAAGGCUGGCGGUUUGGGUAAUGGCCAGGCAUCAUAUGACUCUUUUCUUGGGCUUUCGAGCGAAGACCUAGCAGCUGAAGAUGUAUUGGCACAUGCCGCCGUCGACUGGCACCCGUCUGAGCGUGCGUUGGCGUUGUUGCUAUGUCAGUUUGACGAUGAGGUGGCUGCAUCAUUGGCACAUCUAUACCCUCACUACUUAUGCGACUAUCUCUUUCGUGUAGCUAGUCAUUUCCAUGGUUUCUAUGAAAACUGCCGUGUGCUUCAAGACCCUCGACAAGAUAGUCGAUUGUUGCUGUGCGCUGCGACAGACGCCGUCUUACAGUGUGGUAUGCAGCUUAUAGGUGUCAAAUCCGUAAGCCGUAUGUGA